CCGAUCCUGCAGUUAUCCCUGAGAAGGUCCUUUGCCUGCACAGUUCUUUGUCUGGAAACCCCAUCAAGCAGCAGCUAUUGCUUAUGCUAGGCAAGCUUGCUCUGCCAUACUGAUUGAGAUUAAUGUAAGCAUGUAACGCUACGCUCUAUGAUAAUACGUCUAGCAAUCAGACCUUGUCCAGUGCAAUAAAGAAGCCUUUUGGAUUUUGCUACAUUCUUUGCAAUAACAGUGGCGUAUCUCUGUGUUCUGUGAAUGGAUACAUUGUAGCGAGGCCAUCAGGAAACAUCAGCUCUAUCCACCUGCAACCAAAAACUAACCAUGGGUCGACUGUGUGAUAAGUGCAUUCAGCUGAUGCAUGACUUCGUGAGCUUUGUCAAGAGGCUGUCCUCCAGGAUAGUGGAGAAGAUCCAGGAGUGUGUGGUCCUUCUAAAUGAAUGCUGCUUCACGUCUAGGAAGACCAGGGUGAGACAGCUUUAUGAGCCUGUUCUUCAGAAGCAUGAGAGACAGGCUGCCCAGGACUUCCUCAAUCACAUGGAGGCAGGUUUGCAAUCAUCACCACUUGGAAAGGAGACUCUGGAUGCUUUGAAGAUUUUGGCAUUUUCAGAAAACGCUGAUCUCCAGCAUUCUGCAGCUCUUUACUAUUUACAUAUGAGCCAACAUUUGAAUGCUCCUCUGCCAGCUGAAUACCUGGGGCCCUAUCAAGCUUUGCUGCAAUCCAGUGACCUAGAAGUUCAGCAGAUGUCUUCCUUGUCCUUAGUGAACUUCUUACUUGAAGGAAACUUAAAUAAGGAGCUUGUUGUCCACGUGGGUUUACUUGAACCAGUGCUGGAGCUGCUGGAGUCAGGAGAUUCUGCUGUGCAGUGUAACUCAUGCGCCUGUGUCAUGACGCUUGCAAUGUCCGAGUCCAAUCGUGAAGCAAUAGGCGUUGCUGGGGGUAUCCUUCCCCUCCUUACACUGGCCAAGUCUUACGACCCAAGGGUUCAGCAGAAUGCAGUUGGAGCUAUUCUCAACCUAACUCGAUCAGAGAGGAUCAAGAGUAUCCUUUGCAGAAAGGGAGCCCUACCUGUCCUUACCUUGUUACUGCAAUCUGAUGAUGCUGAGAUUCAGUAUUACAGCUGUGCCUCUCUGGGUAACAUUGCAGCAAACCCAGAUCACCAUCAAGCCAUGUUAGCGAUUGGAGAUGGAUUCAUCCUGAGAAUGCUUGUUUCUCUGAUGUCUUCCUCGGUGCAGAAGGUCUCAAGCCAGGCGUGUCUUUGUUUGAACAACCUAGCCUCUACUGGUGAAGUCCGAACACACCUCCUGUCAAUGGACAUCAUGCCAUUCCUCUUAACCUUGCUGAACUCAAGCAAUAAGGAUGUCCGGCAAGCUUCCAUUACUCUGCUCUGCACCUUGUCCCACCCUCCAGGAAGUGUGGAGGCGGCACUGUGUGAGGAGAUGCUGCGACAUUUAGCUGCACUGAUGCAGACUGAGAGGACAAACCCAGUGGUUUUGAUUCAUGCUUCUUGUACUAUCCAGAACCUAAUCCGAGAAGAGAAUAUGGAGAUGAUAAUACAUAGUCCGUGUUUUGAAGAACUUCUUCUUGCGCUGGUUAAUCCCUGUAUUGAAGAAGAGGAGUUGCAGUAUGUGGCGGCAUGUGUUGCGGAACUGGCCAAACAUGACAUCACAAGGGUGCAGGUAAUUAGAAGGAAGGAGAAAGCGCUCAUUAAACGCCUGGUGCAACUGGCCGGGCAAUUGGAACACAAAGAGCUCUCAUUUCAAGCUGCGUCUGUGAUCAAGGAGCUGUCAUAUUCAGUGAAAAUUGUUUCAGAAUUAAACUUUCAUAUGAAAGAAGUUCAGUCCUACCUCAUGAGUUUCCUCAUUGACCAGGAGAUGAGAUUCCAGCAUCUUGGCAUUGCUACGCUGUGUUUGUUAAAGGAAGAUCCGGAUUUCUCAUUGGCAAUAAGCCAAAGCUGUUUGAAAGAACAAUUGGAACAAAUCCGCCAACAGACAGAGGAGACCCAGGCGCUGCUCAGAGUUGUAAUCAGUCAGACAGACAAUCUGAAUCUGAAUGAAUGAUGUGCAAGCAUUCCGUGUGACAUGUUUACAGAUUCCUGGCUAGUGGGGGUGAUAUUAUAUCCUCACUGACUGUUUGUUUGUAGUGUUUUACUUUUACUACAGGUAAGGAAGACAUACAGUGAUCUGCACCUGCAUUCUGCUAGAAAUGCCAGUACAUCCUGCCAGUAUGGAACACUGGCCUGGUUCUUCACUAGGUUGGAAUCAGAAUUACCCGUGAUUUAUUCAUGCUUCACUCAGCAAAGACUCAGACACAGAUUUCACAUCUUCCAAAUGCAUCUUCCAUUUUAUUUAUUGAUUAAUAAGCUAUUGUUCGAUCUUGAAAUAACCUUUAGUUAUGUUUUUUUUUUAUAUGCUAUACUUUGUGGUUUUAUAUUUGUUGAAUGUGGCUCGUUUUGUUCCUUCUGUAUUUCAAACCAUAAACACAGACAAUGUGAUCUUACAAUCAGUGUGUCAAGGAGCAAUUAAACAGAAAUCUAAAGUGGAAAGUUA